GGUGUUAGGACCGCUUUGUGUAAUUUACAUUACGAUAAAAGCAAACAAACAAAAAAAAAAACAAAAAAAAAAAAAACAUGUUCUCGCGUGACUUUGCUUGGGGCGCGUCAACUUCUGCAUAUCAAAUAGAAGGUGGAUGGCAGGCAGAUGGCAAAGGACCAAGUAUCUGGGACACAUUUUGUCACGAGAAAGGCAGAGUGUUCGAAGACCAAAAUGGAGAUGUGGCCUGUGACAGCUAUAACCUGUGGGAGAAAGACCUGGAGUGUGUUCAGCAGCUUGGACUUACACACUAUCGCUUGUCUCUGUCCUGGGCCCGCCUGCUGCCUGACGGUACCACACAGCAUGUCAAUGAGAGAGGUGUUCAGUACUACAACAAAGUGAUCAAUGAUUUACUGGCUUGUGGCGUAUCACCUAUGGUCACUCUGUACCACUUUGACCUGCCUCAAACUCUCCAAGAUCAGGGAGGCUGGAAGUCACCUGGUAUAGCACUCCUCUUUGACAACUACGCCAAGUUUUGUUUCCAGACAUUUGGAGAUCGUGUCAAACUUUGGCUCACGAUUAAUGAGCCGAACGUGUGUGCCAAACUGGGUUAUGAGGAUGGCAUCCAUGCCCCGGGGUUGAAAGAAGAAGGCACAUCUGCCUAUGUGGUGGGGCAUAACAUGUUGCGUGCUCACGCCAUGGCUUGGCACAGCUACAACUCUUUAUACAGAGCAAAGCAGAAGGGUGCCGUGUCCCUGACCAUCUAUAGUGACUGGUUGGACCCCCUGGACCCAGGCUGCAGUGAGGACAUUGGUGCUGCAGAGCGUGCGCUGGCAUUCUCAUUGGGAUGGUUUGCUUGGCCUGUGUUUGUUAGCGGGGAUUAUCCAGAAAUAAUGAGAUCUGCCAUAGAUGCUGAAAGUAAGAGACUAGGAUACAGCAGUGCCUCAAGACUACCCUGCUUCUCAAAAGAUGACCCUGUUAUUUUAGGAACAGCUGACUUCUUUGCUUUGAACUACUACACAUCUCGCAAAGUGAAACCAGGAGGAGGUUGCAAGCAGACAUUGAGUAUGAGAAGUGACAAAGAUUCAGAAGAAGUUUUAGAUUCUUCUUGGCCCAUAUGUGGGGUCUCCUGGCAGGCUGUAGUGCCUCAUGGCUUAAGGAAUCUCCUUAAAUAUAUAAAGGACACCUUCAGCAACCCAGCGGUCUACAUUACAGAAAAUGGCUUCUCGCAGGUGGGGCCGCUACACAUUGAGGAUGUUGAGCGUUGUGAGUUUUACAAGAGCACCAUCUCAGAAGUGGAUAAAGCCAUACAAGAAGACGGGGUCGACGUUCGUGGAUAUUUUGUAUGGUCACUGAUGGACAACUUUGAGUGGGCCGAUGGAUUCGGUGUUCGUUUCGGGCUGUUCCACGUGGAUUUCUCUGAUGUAGCGCUGAGUCGAACCAUAUACCAGUCUGGGAAGGAAUAUGCAAAGAUUAUCUCAAAACACAAAAGUUGUAAAUAAAAAUGCAAGCAGAUGGCAAAGAAGUAACAUUCUUGAUUAAAAUGAGAAGUUUGUUGGAACAGU